GUGGUGGUUUAGGAGGCACACGUCGAGGUGGACCAGAUGUAAACAUAAAACACUCUGGUCGUGAAGAUGACCGUAGACGUGGUGGUGGGAGAGAUGAAGAACGUAUGGCGAGUAACGAUCGGGAACGAGUUGAUCGUGAUCGUGGCGAGCGUGAAAGAAGACACACUCGUAGCAGAGAAAGAGAACGAGAACCGAGAGAGAGACGCAGAAGAUCACGCAGCCGAGAUCGCAAACGUCGCCGUUCCCGCUCUCGUGAACGUGCUGUAACAGUACCCGAAGAAGGUGAUGAGAGAGAGAAGAGACGUCAUAGAUCACGUUCCCGUGAUCGUAAGAGGCGGUCAAAGUCGCGUGAGAGAAAGCACCGCAGAGAACGUGACCGAGAUAGACGCGAGCGCGGUCCUGGUGAAGAAGGAGAGGAAGGUAUCAAAAUCAAGCAGGAACCAGAUGAUGAUUAUCCUGAUUAUAGUGGACCAUAUUUCAAAAACAACUUUGAUCUGAAGGAUGAUGAGGAGCAGGCUAAAAAUGGUACUAAAUAUGAAGAGGUAGAAGAGGAAACCACACAUUGUGAAAUUGAUUAUUAUUAG